CUAGCUUUCUCUUUAUUCACCUGUGUAAGCAAACCCUCUUUCUCUCUCUCUCUUACUCAGCUCUUUCCUCUUCAUUUUGAUACUCAGAAUUUUUCUGCUACUGAAUCACUUAAAAAGAUACAAAAUCUAUAAAACCUAAAAAAAAGCCAUUCAAAAAAACAGCAAAAUUUAAAAAACCCAUAAAUUAAUUUUCCCAUUUAUUCCUUUAUUUAUAAUUUCAAUGUUUUAUCGUCAUCUUUAGUUGAAUUAUUUGGUAAAGUUUGAAUCUGUUAUUUGAAGGAGCAAAAAUUUAUAUGGGUUCUUUAGCUACCCCUUUCGAGAGUUUACCUCUUGGAUUUCGGUUUAGGCCUACAGAUAUUGAACUUAUCGAUCAUUAUCUUAGGCUUAAGAUCAAUGGUAAACAAGGUGAAGUUGCUUGUAUUCGAGAAGUUGAUAUUUGCAGGGUUGAACCUUGGGAUCUACCUGCUUUGUCGGCUAUCAAGACAAAUGAUCUUGAAUGGUUUUUCUUUUGUCCUCGUGAUCAGAAGUACCCCAAUGGUAAUAGGUCGAAUCGAGCUACUGAAGCUGGAUAUUGGAAAGCCACUGGUAAAGACAGGACCAUCAAGUCAAGAAAAAUGGGGAUAAUUGGUAUGAAAAAGACUCUUGUCUUUUAUACCGGACGAGCUCCUAAGGGGCAGCGUACCCCCUGGGUUAUCCAUGAGUAUCGUGCUACACAACCAGAGCUCGAUGGCUCACACCCCGGCCAGGCAGCCUUUGUUCUUUGCCGCUUAUUCAAGAAAGUUGACGAUCCGAAACCUGAUGAUAAUGAUGAUGGUUCCCACAUCGAUGAAGUUGAAACAAACAUUGACUCUCCUAAUCCAACGAGCAUCACACAAGAAGACAUUCGGUCAGAAGCAGCGGUUAUCCAGGCUUCUCCAUUGUCCGUUGAGCAAAGUGUAGAGCAACGAAGUGUAUCUCAAAAUUGUGCUGUCAAAACUCCUGAGAGUUUAACAACUGAUACUGCAUUUCCUGAUCGUCCUAUGUUGAACGAAGUAAUGACGCCUGGUGUGGACUCCUUUUAUGGUGAUGAUUUUUCCGAGCUCUACUUCAAUAUCAACUCAAUGCACGAGAACGAAGGACCUGGUUGCAUGGAUGACAUUUUCACUUCACAAAUGGAUGAUGGUCAGAAUGGAUUGCACAUACAGUACAUCAAUGGCCGGGAUCCUAUUUCUCACUUUCUUGAUUCCAUUCUUAUUCAUUCAGAUGCUCCCAAUUGCAAGGAAGCUGGACAUCAAGGGGCUGUGAUAGUUGAAAGUGACUUGUGGAAGAAUACCUCUAUGAAGGAGAGUGGAUCGUGUAGUGAGUCUGAUGUUGAAAUAGCCCAACAGCAGAAUGAUGCGGGCUUUGUUAACAGCAUGCCUAGUAACAAGAAUUAUAAUGAACCAAACGGCUACAAAGAACUUUUCCAAAAUCAAUUUUGGGAUGAUGGUGACGUCUUCUCGGAUGCGUCUUUGAAUCAAUUCUGCAACUCACAGGACAUACCAGAAGCAAUAAAUUACAAUCCACCCCUUCCUGCAAGCUUUGUGGAGGCUGAAGACAGAACUCAAUUUGUAGGAAACAAUGGAAUCCAAAUAAGGACCCGUGGAAGGCACUUGCCGCAAUCAUAUUUUAGCGAGCAAGGAAGUGCACCAAGAAGACUUCGCCUACACAGAGAACCAAAGUCAACAGUUACUGAGGAUAGUACCAUUGCUCCUCGUGUGAAAUCUGUUUGCCUGGAGGGUAGUGCUAUUCCUCCUCAUGACGAUACCCUCUGCCUAGACGAUCUUGGCGAAAAUACUGACGAACCAGGAUCAAGUGCAAGUGAAGCUGUUGGGACAGGAGUCCAGAUAAGACCCAGAAUCCGAGAAUCUGGGGUUCGUACCUCAGAUUUUCCUGAACAGGGAACUGCUCAUAGGAGACUUCGCCUGCAGCAGAAACGGCAAUCAACUUUCAGUGAUGAAUUUGAUGAGAAACAAUGUGCUGAUGAGACUAAACUUGAACCCGAUCAAAAGUUGAGUUCGUCCAAGAGGCCAACACCAGUACGUAUGGUUAAGGUAGUUAUAAUUGUGUUGUUUAUAAUGGCUUGUUUAAGCCUGUGGAUAAGUCAGAAUGUAUUUUUGAUAUGGAGCUGAUUUUUGCUUAACAAUACCCUCAUAUUGUAGCCAUAUUUGUGUCAUACCUUUAGCAGGUAACACAGGUUGUAGACUGGUUUGUGUUUAGGUUAUCAGAAUUAGAUUGCUGAUAUAUAUGGUAUGUAUUAUUAACACAGACUGUUCUUGUACAGUUUCUUGUUUUGUGAAGUAUAUGUUGGCUAAUUUUAGCAUCUUUACUGAAUGGUUUUCACCAUUGAAGAGUAUACGCUUAUUUGUUCACUGAAAAGCACAAUGAUUCUUAAAAUUUCAUCCUUAAAUCAAGAUUUGAUUCUUUUGUUUGAGUUAGAAAAUAUUUUUUGGGGAUCAGAAUUCUCACUUUUUGGUGUACUUGUUUUCCAAGGUAUAAUAAAUUCUUCAGUUUUAAUUGGA